AUGGCAUUGUCGCGGUACUUAUUGCGUCAGAACCCUCACAUUGCUGCUUUCCACUUCUACCGCCGAUACUGCUUCUUUCGAGAUAUCGUGUUGCGGAAAAAGUUCAACGUCACGGAUUACUGGGAUCGAUAUGAAUGGCAAGGCCGUGGCAGUCCGCACAACCACGGUCUGUACUGGAUGCAGGAGGGCCCAGCCGCCGACAUGGAGGACGAAGCUGCUCGUGACAUGUUUGCACGCGGGGAGGGCAAUCCGCUGAGCGUGGAUCCGCUGGGCGUGGAGAUGACAUUCCUGCGGCUCUCGCAAAUCGUCAACCGCUGCCAGCGCCACAGAUGCAAUACCACGUACUGCUUGCGAGUCAGAAAGGGAAGCGGUGACCUCGCGAGGGACAUGGAAGGAGCUGCUGGCGACAUUGAGGCGGCCAACGUGGCGAAUCCGGAAAGGGAGUGUCGUUUCGACUUCCCCCGUGCCUUGAGAGAGCUGGCCGCGGUCAUCAGGAAGGAAGGCAGGUCGUACUACAUCUUCGAGGCGGCCCGCAACGACAGCCUCAUGAACCAUUUCAAUCCUGCCAUCAUUCUGGGAUGGGACUCGGGUGGUUGUGUACGUCGACUGCCGCCCGUUGAGCAGCAUGCGCGGUCGUACCGCGUCGAUGAUGAUUCGUACAAUCUCAAGACAUGGAGGAGACUCGGUGCGAACGCGAAGAAGAGGUUGAUGAUGGCCCAUCCGCAUCGCGCUCCGGAGGAGUUGCUUGCUGUGGACGGGCAGCGGUUUGAGUCCUUUGUUGCGGCGUACCGGUGUUGUCGGCAGCGACACCAUUUCCAUGAGGACGACCAUUACGGGGAGGUGGGAACAAACGAGCUCCAGGCGGAGGACGAUGAGUUUGAGCAGGAGGUCCAUGACGAGCCCAUCGCAGAGGAGGACUGGCAUGAGCUCGCCCGCAUGCUGCCAGACCGGCCGCUGGAGGAAGAGGACAUCGACGUACUUGGCCGGCGAAAUAUCGACCGGCAACUACUGGGAGCAACGCAAGGCGGAAAGCUCCUUUCCCUUGAUGUGGAGCACCAGCCUCUGGAAGCACGCGAUGCCCUGAAUCCGGAGCAGCGCAUCGUGUAUGACACGGUGAUGGGCCACUUUCUCGCCCAAGACCGUUCCCAGUUGUUACUCCAUGUCGAUGGUGGCGGUGGCACAGGCAAGUCAUAUCUCAUCAACCUGCUCUCGGCGCACCUCCAGGCCGCUACACGCGGGAGAGUGACACCUGUCUGGCGUGCCGCACCGACGGGUGUCGCAGGGAACCAGAUAUCAGGCACUACUUUGCACUCGCUGCUUCACCUCCCGAUCAACAAGGACUUCAGGCCGCUCUCCGCCAUCGACAAGGCCCAGCUCCAGAAGAAGCUGAAGGAUAUUCAGUACCUAAUCAUUGACGAGAAGAGUAUGCUGGGACUGCGUAUGCUAUCCUGGAUCGACGACCGUCUCCGUGAGGCAUUUCCGCAUCGGAACGAGGAGUUCUUUGGCGGACUCAAUAUCCUUUUGGUCGGCGACUUCUUCCAGCUUCCCCCUGUUCUACAGAAACCGCUGUACUACGACAAAGAGGUGCAGGGAGUGGAGAUCAAGGAAGGAACGCUUAUAUGCGCUUCGAUAAGACCGUCUUCCUGA